AUGGCAGACCCCACCCUCCAAGACCCCCUCCUGGCUCUCCGCCGCGCCAUCGCCGCCAGCAGUCUCCCAUCACCAACAACCUCCCCCGACCCAUCCGAAGAAGAACAGUCCAAGCACACCACCGAAGACCUAGCAACAGCAACACACCUAUACUUCCGCCAGCCCACCGCGCAGGCGUUACCGUUGACAUCCGCGACGCGCUUCGUCUCCGCCUCGUCGGACUCCGUCGUCGAUCUACGCAGUAUCUUCUUCGCGUGGCAGAAAAAGGACGUCGCGAUCCCGGAGUACAUUGCUUCUGCGCAAGAACUCAAUGAAGCAUUGAAGCAGAAACAGGCCGGUGGAGAGGGUGGUGAGGCGGCACAGGUACAGAAUCUGGUUUUCGUGGAGCGGUUGGAUCUGAUUACCUGGCUUGAGGGCGCGUCGGAUGAUAGUGAAUAUAUCAAGCCGCUAGAAGGGGCCGCCGCUGCUGCUGCAGCGGCCGCAGCGGCAGCGGCGCAUGCUCAGGCGCAGGCUUCUGCGUCCGCGGAUAUUGCUUCUGGUGCUGCUGGGGGUGUUUCGUCGGUUCCUAGUGGCGCUGGUGCACCGGCUCAGGCGCCUGCGGCUGCUGGUGCGCAGGGAGGGAGGGCGCCGAAGCAAAUUGAUCCUCGGUUGCAGGAGAUUUACAAUGGGGAGCGGAAGAUGGGGGAUCGGAAUAGUGUGUUACGGGGGAUUAAACCUACGGACUUCUCACACGUGCGCAAAACCGCCGAAACCUUCUUGGGCCGCAACCGCAGACCAGCCCCAGGAACCAGCACCAAGCCCCUCCCCGGCAACAAAACCCCCCUCAUCCCAACCCCCUCCUCGGGCCUCUCGAUGCCCAAGAAACACAGCAGCAGCGCCCGCACAGACCCCAUCAUCCUCCUCUCCCCUUCCGCCUCCUCCCUAAUCCGCAUGACGAACGUCAAAUCCUUCCUCCAAGACGGUGUCUUCGUGCCCCCGGACCACCCAACCCUCUCCAUGUCCACAUCCCCCAACAUCCUCGAAAUCCAGCGCCCGCUGCGCAACCCCUCAGAUCCAUCCCGUACCACCACCUCCUCCACAUCCUCUAGCUCCUCGAAAAUCAAAUUCAAACUAGCCGACAGCACCGCAAACUUUCGCCCGGAACACUGGAACCGCCUCGUCGCCGUCUUCACCACGGGCCAGGCAUGGCAGUUCAAGUCGUACAAGUGGUCGUCACCGCCUGAGCUGUUCAAGCAUGCGACGGGUGUGUAUGUUGGUUGGAGGGGGGAGGAACCGCCCCGUGAAGUGAAGGGGUGGGGACGCGGUGUUGAACGGUUUGCUGUUGAGCGGUGGGAUGAGAAGGGGGGUGUGAAUGGGGCUGGAAGAUGGAGGGAUCGUGAGGUUGUGGAAGGGAUUUGGACGGCUAUUGAGGAGGGGAUGAGGUUGAGGGGGUAUAGUGGGAAGUAG